UUGUUAUAGGUAAAUAAGUUGACCAAGCCGUUAAUAGUUGGGUUGUUGUCUCCUUAUUUUUGCUUCGUGUAUAUUAAUGACAGCUCAAAAAUAGCUUAGGAACCUUCGAAUUAAGAAAAGAAGCCAACGUUUUGUUAUUGUUCUAUCAUUUGUAGACAUUACUUUGUAACGUAAAUGCAAAUCCUAUUUUCUACAGAGAGGAAACGGGAUUGUUUGGUUAGCCAGCUAACAGCGGUUAGCAACACAAAUCUCCACACCUUAUGCCGCUAAUGCCCACUAUAUCCUUCACCUAUUUAUUUAUCGGCCUUUUCACUCAGUCGGGUGUUUCUCCCGGGGAUAAUGAGCUGGUUUUUUUCAUCUAAAGGCUCCGGAGCUCUCCCUGCCCUGAACAGCCUCCAGCAGCAGAGACAGCGGCAGAUCGAGUCCCUCAAAGCUGCUCACCCCAGCCUUACAGAAAUCCAGAAAGAUGUUGAAUACAGAUUACCAUUUACAGUCAACAACUCCACCAUUAGUGUUAACAUUUUGCUGCCUCCUCAGUUCCCUCAGGAGAAGCCGGUGGUUAGUGUCUACCCCCCAGUUGGUCAUCAUUUAAUAGACAGCAAUAAUGGCACAGUGAUCACCAGCCCCCUCAUCACUAAUUUCAGUAUGCACUCAGAUCUGGGUAAAGUCAUCCAGAGUCUACUCGACGAGUUCUGGAAAAGUCCUCCUGUCUUAAUGUCUGCUGGCCCCACAGGCUUUCCAUACAUGUACAAGCCUCCUUACCCUUCCCAGGCUUUUCAUUAUGGUCCUCGUCAUGUGGGUCCCAGCCAGACUCCCUCUCCUGGACCUGGUCCAGCUCCAUCUCAAGCCCCGAUGCCUCAUCCAGCGGUGGAUAUGGUUCAUGGUGUACCUCGAGCUCCAGCCCCAUACGGAUUGAUAACGGAGUUACCUCUACCUGUACCAACUGGAGACUCACAGGCGGGGCUGAACGGACACAUGUACAAGAUGCCUGAGAUUCCUGAGUCUUUUCCUGAACUUGGUGACAAAACUCUGACACAGUUGUCAGAUAUGUCUGAAAAUGAGGAUGUGCUGCUGGAGUUCUUUGUGAGUUUGCCACAACUCAAGCAAGUCACCAGUGAUAAAGAGGAACUGGUCAACAGUAUAGUGGAGAUGGCUAAAAAGAACCUCCACAUGGAGCCACAGCUAGAAGGAAAAAGACAAGAGAUGCUUUACAAGUUUGAACAGCUGACACAGAUGAAGUCGGCCUUUGAGACAAAGAUGCAGAGACAGCAUGAACUCAGUGAGAGUUGCAGUCUAAGCACCCUGCAGGCUCGGUUAAAAGUCGCCGCCCACCAGGCAGAGGAGGAGUCGGAGGAGACGGCUGAAAACUUCCUUGAGGGGCGCAUUGAUAUCGAUGAAUUUUUAACUAGCUUCAUGGAGAAGAGAACGCUUUGCCACAGCAGAAGGGCCAAAGAGGAGAAGUUGCAACAGUCUAUAAACACUCAUGGUCAUUUUCCUCCCAGUCACUAAAACACAAGGUACAUCACAUUCAUACUAGAGCAGCCGCUCAGAAAAAUCCCCAAAAACAUUAUCAGUCAUCUGCUGCCUGAUGGAGAGAGUCCUCAUACUGUAUUUCUCAGCAAACGGUUAAGCAGAAGCAAAGAACACUUUAUUUCCUGUUGUUUUUACAGUCCGAUACAUUAAAUUUAUCAUCUGCUUAUUCAGCUCCUGACGUUCUAUUUUAUGAUCUUCUAGGAGCAGUGUUUGUUUUUUUUGUUUUUUUUUCCAGCCAACUGCUGCCAACAAAAUAAAAUCAAAGACUUUACAGAGGCAGAAAGCACACUGAGUCAACGAUGGGCACUUUGGAAAGAACAUAACCAGACAAUGAUGACAAUGAAGCCACUGAAAGAGGCAAGAACUGGGAGGACGAGGAGUUACGUCACCUAAUGAUUGAACAUGUUGUGGAAUGUUUUUUUUUUUUUCUCUUUAAGCUUUCCAUUUGUUUUGACAGUAAUGAAAAAUAGUUUUAUUUCUGGGAUUUAUUUCGCAUUUAAUUUUCAGCUAGGAACACUCGGAUAGCAGAUUGUUUGCUGUUACCACUUUUUAAAGGUAAAACUUCUAAGGCAUCAUCAGGAUACAAAUAUUGAGCAAUUCAAACAGCAGUAUUAUUACUGUGCACUUUCUGGUCACGUGCUUAUAUCCUCGUCGGUCUCUCCUUCUUUACACAGAGACGCUGACACAACUGCCCAGUAAAUAUCCAGAUUGGAAAUAUUGAUUUUUGGAAUGUUAAAAUUACAGGAACAUUUGUCCAACAUCUGGUUAACUAACCAUAAUUCUAAUUUUAAAGUAAAAGUAUCUUUCUUUUAUAUAAAAACUGCAGAAAGCAAUGAAUUCAUUGUGAUGGAAUUGGAUUUUAUUCUAGAAUUCAACCCUAGAAACAUCAGUGUGUUUGCACAGACUUGCUGUAAAGAAAUCAUAACUUUUUAGCAUUUCCUCAGCAUUAGCCAUGUUAAUUUUAUUUCACAAAAUUCAAAGCACUUUGAGUAGUUUAGCCACAACAUUACUUCAGUUCAACAACCUUAGGUGUGUCGUCUCUGUCAGUGCAGACACACUGAUCACUGCUUGGGCUCUGAUAUGCACAGUAAUGUCAGCUGAACUGUUUCCUUACACCAUUUGAACUUAAAAAAUAGUUAUAAAAAAAAGCUUGAAAAGAAAUGGGAAAGUUUGGGGAAUAUUAGGUUUAAAGCUUCAUGGCAUCGGAUACUGUAUUUAAAUGUUAAUAAUAGGCUAUAUUAUAAUCAAAGACACCUUGUAUCAUAUGUUCUUAUUUAAUUUGUUAGAGUAAUAAAGCCUUUAGAAUAAA